AUGCAUCGCUUUUUUGCAGAGCUGGAGCCAUCUCUAUCCGUCACUGAGCAAAACCUGGCAGACCGAGUUAGGUACAUCCUGCGCUCCAACAUAUUUGGUGACGCCGAACUCGAGCGACUACGACGUGAGGCUAUUCCUUCAUCGAAUGGAAAUGCUACGGCUGGGAAUGCGGCGCCACUAGAUGCGCAACAAACUGCAUAUGUGGAUGCUGCCGUCAACAUUCCAUUUGUGGCUAAUUCAGACGAUGAUGGAAUAGUCUCCCACGAACUAGAGAAAAUGAGGAGCAUAUUGGAAGAGUCGAUGCUGGAAACGCGCAGCAUGCCUCUCGAAAAUCGACCGCGACUUCCCCGCAUACCCCUUAGCAAGCGAAAUCGGGCUGUCGUGCGGGCUCUUAACCCAAUGCUGGUGACCUAUUUGGAAGCCAGCCGGGACCUUUGCGAGACGGAUUCAAUUCUUUUUGGCGCCGCACUGGCAGUAUGCCGUAUUAUUGGCGCCAAACUUCCCGUGGCUGGACGUGCUACUCAAAAAAGUAGCGCCAUCCCAGCCUGGAGAAAAAGAAUUGAGGACCGUAUCACAAAGGCAAGGGCCCUUAUCGGCAGACUGACAAGCUUCAGGUCGGGUAAUAAUAGACCGAGGAUUAUGCGCACCGUUAGGAUGGCGUUUGCUGGGACAAAUAUCAGUUUGUUCCAGCCGGAUAUCACGCAAAAACUAACGGAGCGCAUAGAUGACCUGAAGCAAAAAAUCGCUGCUUGGGGGGAAGCGGAUUCGACGAUUUAG